CAGCCUGGAGUUUGUUACAGACUAUAUCCAAAAAUGAUCCAUGAUGCAAUGCUCCAAUAUCAGUUACCUGAAAUUCUCCGAACACCUUUGCAAGAGCUAUGCCUCCACAUCAAAAGUUUGCAGCUUGGAGCUGUUGGGUCUUUUUUGGCUAAGGCACUUCAGCCACCAGAUCCUCAUGCUGUUCAAAAUGCAAUCGAACUUCUCAAAACCAUUGGAGCUUUAGAUGACAUGGAGGGGCUUACUCCACUUGGUCACCAUCUUUGCACACUACCAUUGGAUCCAAAAAUUGGGAAGAUGCUUCUAAUGGGUUCUUCUAUCUUUCAAUGCCUGAAUCCUGCCUUAACAAUUGCAGCUGCCCUUGCUCAUUGUGACCCUUUUCUCCUACCAAUAAAUAAGAAAGAGGAUGCUGAUGCUGCAAAACGAUCCUUUGCUGGUGAUUCAUUCAGGUAA